UUGGUAGCCCCUGCACACUUUGACUUGACUUCCCUGCUAUCUCUCACUGCUGAAUCUCAAUCAUGAAGUUCAAGCUGCCAAACCCAGGCUUGGAAGACAGGAUACCUUCCCAUGAGAGACUGGAAAUUCUAGAGAAGGAAGAGGUGGAUGACAGACCUAAAUGGGACAACAAGACUCAAUACAUGUUAACUUGUGUCGGCUUCUGUGUGGGAUUAGGAAAUGUAUGGCGCUUCCCUUACCUUUGUCAGAAAUAUGGAGGAGGAGCCUUUAUGAUUCCUUUUCUCAUUUUGCUUGUCGUGCAAGGCAUCCCAUUGCUGCAUAUGGAGUUUGCAAUUGGCCAACGCCUGAGGAAAGGCAGUGUGGGGGUCUGGAAUGGAAUUCACCCUUACCUGGGGGGAAUAGGUAUAGCAUCAAUGUGUGUCUCCUUCCUUGUGGGUUUGUACUACAACACCAUCAUUGCUUGGGUGAUGUGGUAUUUCUUCAAUUCCUUCCAAGACCCUCUUCCUUGGAGCCAUUGUCCACUCAAUGACAACAGAACAGGUUAUGUUGAAGAGUGUGCCAAGAGCUCUCCUGUUGACUAUUUCUGGUACAGAAGUACAUUGAAUUCCUCCACAAGCAUUGAUGAUUCUGGCAGUAUCCAGUGGUGGCUGCUACUCUGCCUUGUGUGUGCCUGGGCCGUCUUAUAUGUGUGUUGUAUUAGAGGCAUUGAAACUACUGGAAAGGCUGUGUAUGUAACAUCUACCCUCCCUUACGUUGUGCUCACAAUAUUUCUGAUAAGAGGUUUAACCCUAAAAGGGUCCGUUAAUGGAAUUGUUUUUCUGUUCACACCAGAUAUUGCAGAACUGUCAAACCCAGACACAUGGUUAAAUGCAGGUGCUCAGGUGUUCUAUUCUUUCUCCCUGGCGUUUGGGGGCCUCAUAUCCUUCUCCAGCUACAACUCAGUCCACAACCACUGUGAGCAGGAUGCUGUGACCAUUUCUGUCAUUAAUGGUAUUACCUCUGUUUAUGCUGCCACAGUAAUCUACUCCAUCAUUGGUUUCCGUGCAACGGAGAGAUACGACGAUUGCAAUGAUAGAAAUAUCCUGUCUCUAAUGAAUACUUUUGAUCUACCUGAAAGAAACAUCACUGCAGAUAAUUAUGACAAGGUUCUUGAAAACCUGAACCUCACAUACCCUGAGGUCAUUAAAAACCUUAAUCUGGAAACCUGCAACCUGGAUGCGUUCCUUAGUGAGGGUGUUGAAGGGACUGGAUUGGCGUUCAUUGUGUUCACAGAAGCUAUUACCAAGAUGCCAGUAUCCCCCUUGUGGUCCAUCCUGUUCUUCAUCAUGUUGUUCUGUCUUGGUUUGUCCUCCAUGUUUGGUAAUAUGGAAGGGGUCUUGGUGCCUUUGCAGGAUCUGAAUGUUUUCCCCAAAUCAUGGCCCAAGGAAGCCCUCACUGGUUUAAUUUGUUUGGUGUCAUUUCUGAUUGCCUUGAUCUUUGUACAAGCAUCUGGGAAUUACUGGCUGGCACUGUUUGAUGAAUUUGCUGGGUCCAUCCCGCUGUUGAUUAUUGGUUUUUGUGAGAUGGUGGGUGUUGUCUACAUUUACGGAAUUGACAGGUUUAAUGACGACAUUGAAUUUAUGAUCGGACAUAAACCAAACAUCUUCUGGCAAGCCACGUGGAGAGUAAUCAGCCCUCUUGUCAUGUUAGUUAUCUUAUUGUUUUACUUUGUCACGAAAGUCAAUAAAGAGCUCUUCUACAUUGCCUGGAACCCAGAUUACGUUAAUUUCCCCAUCCUUGAAAGACUACCCUUCCCCAACUGGAUCUAUGCUAUAAUUUUUAUCCUGGCUGGAGUGCCGAGUUUAGUCAUUCCUGCCACCUUUCUCUUCAAAUUCAUCCGCAACCGGUGUAGAAAGCAGGAUGACCUCCAGCCUCUCCAGACUGUCUCAUCUGCUGUGUCGAUGAAUGGGCUAUCGAACUGAAAAUAGAUACUUUUUUUUCCCACCCAACUAAACACAAUUAAACAAAAAGGAAAUGUACUCUACACAAGACUGGGACUGCUAUGAGACCAAAGAAUGAAGAUAUCAACACAACAGCAUGAACUAAAGAAAAAAGACGCAUAGCCUGCAGCUUGACAAGGGGAGAACGUGAAGGACUGGAAACAUUUAAUAGUUUAUCUGUAGCUAAUUAGGUUGCAGUUGAAGGGCCGAUGUUGCGGCGUUCAUUAGGCAUGUCUGCAGCUUGUGAAAUUAGUAUUUAUGCAGUGCAGUCAAGUGGAUCCCCUCACAUUUCUUUUGUUCUUAAACUCAUUUUGUUUAUUAUUUCCAGUGCGUUAUAUAAUGAAUUAUGUCAUUAUUCCACAUUUAAUUGAUAUAGUAGAGUAUUCAUAUAGUAAAAUGGCUACUACUGCUUUUGGGGGAUUUAAAUUUCAAUUCUGUGAAACAUCUAAGAUUUUUGUUUAACCUCAAUCUUAUCAAUGAAUUGUCUGUUUAAAAAAUUGCAUCAGGAAUGCGUACAUCAAUUAUUAUUAUUUAUUUCUUAGCAGACAUAAUACUUUGACAUCAAUCCUGCAAAGUUCUGAUUUCAAACAUGAUAUUAACUGCCAUAAAAAGGGACAAUGCCAGGAAU